CGGCUGGCCGCAGCAGCUCCAGGUGCAGCAGACCUUCGGUGGCCGGGGAAGGACUGGGACCAGAGGCAACCAGAACAGCAGGGACCCCAGCCAGGACCUGGAGAUCCCCUCAGCAGGAGUCUUCUUCCAGCCAAACCAGCUCUUCGUUCUGCCAAGCUGGUCGGAUCCUGCCUGGUGCUUCCUCUGGAAGCCCCCCUGGUCUGCUGGGGGGCACCAUGGAGGCGGCAGCUUUCCCAGCUUUGCACAGAUUUAACCCAAAUAUCUAAUAAACCAUUUGGAGGAAAUCCAUCUUGGGGAAGAAAAUUACAGCACUUCACUGGCUUCAUUUGACGAGCCGGGGUUUACUUGAACCUCAGGGUCUCUGGAGCUGCUGCCUGCCGCUCCUUGGGGAGGGGACCUUAGUGUCUUGUCAGCACAGGCCGGAGCUAUGUCUUCCCUGGUGAUGACCACCGCGGCACACCUCUCCUGAGCAUCAGCACCCAUGCAGGAGCAGAGGGAGGCCCUCCAGGUCACACUCGACGAUGUCACUGUCUGUGCGCCCGCAGCGCCGAGUCCUUGUCACCAAGAUCAAUAGGAGCCAGUCCUUCGCUGGAGUGAACUCGACGGCCGACCGGCCCUUCAGGAGCCUCUCGCCCUUCACCCCCACCGUCUCCCGCAAGACUGGCUCCAGGGUCAGUAGGAUGUUUUCAAUGUCCCACAAAUCCCCACCACCGAAGGUGCCUCAGCCCAACCGCCUGGACGAGGUGUACGAAGCUCUCAAGAAGGGCCUGACAGCCUACCUGGAGGUGCACCAGCUGGAACUGGAGAAGCUCAGCACCCAGAUCCGCGAGUCCAAGAGGAAUUCGCGCCUGGGUUUUCUCUACGACCUGGAUAAGCAAGUGAAGUCCAUCGAGCGCUUCCUGCGUCGCCUGGAGUUCCACGCGAGCAAGAUAGAUGAGCUCUACGAGGCUUAUUGCAUCCAGCGGCGGCUCCGCGACGGAGCCCACAACAUGGUCAAGGCUUACAGCACGGGCUCGCCGGGCAGCCGGGAGGCACGCGAGAGCCUGGCCGAGGCCAGCAAGGGCUACAAGGAGUACACGGAGAACAUGUGCCUGCUGGAGAAUGAGCUGGAGAGCCAGCUGGGCGAGUUCCACGUCCGGAUGAAAGGACUGGCAGGCUUUGCCCGGCUCUGUGCUGGUGACCAGUAUGAGAUCUUCAUGAAGUACGGACGGCAGCGGUGGAAGCUGCGGGGACGCAUCGAGGUGAACAGCAAGCAGGUGUGGGACAGCGAGGAAAUGGUUUUCUUGCCCCUCGUCACCGAGUUCCUCUCCAUCAAGGUGACGGAACUAAAGAGCCUGGCCAACCAUGUUGUGGUGGGCAACGUGUCCUGCGAGACCAAGGACCUCUUUGCGGCUCUGCCCCAGGUGGUGGCUGUGGAUAUCAAUGACUUGGGCACCCUCAAACUCAGCCUGGAGGUGACCUGGAACCCCUUCGACAAGGACGACCAGCCCUCGGCAGCCAGCACCGUCAACAAGGCCUCCACGGUGAACAAGAGGUUCUCCACCUACAACCAGAGUCCGCCUGACACGCCGUCCCUGCGGGAACAGGCUUUCUACAGCCCGGGGCGGGCGGCCGACAAGCACGGUUGGUCCUUGCUGGACGCCUUUCGGGAGGCAAUCUUCGAGAAGCUCUCCCAGAGCUGCUCCUGCAGCGACGUCUCCUCGGCCGAGCUCGGGAGAUGGCCGCAGCAGGGCCGCAACAUGCUGCGGCGCCAGGAGGAGCUGGAGAACGGCACGGCCUGGUCCAUCUCCUCCGAAUCCUCGGACGACUCCUCCAGCCCCCAGCUGUCGGGCAGCGUCCGCCACGCCGCGCACAAGCCCAUCGUGCAGCCCGAGGUGCAGGCCUCCGCCCCCGCCAUCGAGAUCUCCUUCUCCCAGCAGCCGGAGGAGGCCGGGGCCGGGCCCGGGGGCAUCAGCGUCCCCCCCGCCGGGAGCCAGGCGGAGGAACCGGGCAGCCGUAAGAAGGAUGCAGUGGCCAACGGGCACGUGCCCUACUCCCGGACUCUGAGCCACAUCAGCGAGGCCAGCGUGGAUGCCACGAUGGAGGCCAAAGCUGCGGAGAGCCCUUGGGAACCCGUGCCCAGCCCCGAGGACGCGGGGACGGGCGAGCAGGACGCGGACCCCCUCCCCAGCGCCUCGGGGGCAGGCGCCGUGGCAGGGCAGGACAGGGGUGCCGAGGCCAAGCCCCGGGCCACCGUGGCGUGGGCCACCGCCUGCGAGGCGGAGGCCAGCGGGGCUGAGCCGGUGCAGAGCCGGGCGCCGGCGCGGGGUGGCUGCGGCACCGGGGUCCCCGCGGCGCUGGCGCAAGCCCCCUCGGAGGAGAGGCCCGUCCCGGCACCGCCACUGCCUGCUGGCAUCCCCGAGGUGCCACGGGGGAAGGUGGUGGAUUCGGGUCUGGAGGAAGCCAUCAGUAUCCUGGGCUCGGCCCUGGAUGACUAUCGGGGGCAGUUCCCGGAGCUGCAGCCCCUCGAACGGGAGCUCAAGCGCCUGGAGGAGAUGCUGCUGCAGAAGCAGGGUGUCUUCCUCAGCCGGGCCUCCAGCAUCAGCCUGACGGUGGAGCACGCACUGGAGAGCUUCAGCUUCCUCAACACCUCCGACAUGGAGGACUCGGAGGGCUCCGAGGAGGAACCUCUCCAAGAGGAGAGGAGGGCUGGCAGACCCCGGCGCGGCAGCAGGGCCCCCAGCGCCGGCGAGACGGGGGCAGACGACGCCGGCAUGUGCAGCGGCUCCGAGGCCAGCACCGACCCCAUGAGCACCGGCAACGAGUUCCUGGAUAAGGCCCUGGUGCUUCACCUCAACAACUGCAACCGCCUGCUGCUGAAGCUGGGCACCUUCGGUCCCCUGCGGUGCCAGGAGAUGUACGCCCUGGACAGGCUGCUGCGGGAGGCGCAGGUGCUGGAGAUCGUGUGCCAGCUGACGGAGGAGCGAGGGGGAGCAGCCGGCUCUGCCGCCGACGUGGUGCAGUUCUCGACGCGGAAGGAGGGCGUGCUGCCCCUUUGGGACCGCUGCGUGGAGGUGCCCAACGUCUACACCUGCCCCGUGGAGCGGUUCCUGCAGGUGCUCGGCGCCCAGUACGCGGCACCCAUCGGCGAGCGGCACCCCGGCCUCGCCGACACCGUGUGUGUGAAACUGGUGGAGGAUGUGCUGGAUCGGCGGCUGCCCCGGCGACCCGGCAGCGCCCAGGGUGAGCAGGUCACCAUCUUCCAGUACUGGAGCCACUUCGAGUCGCUCAGCGCCCUGGUGCUUGACACCUACAUGAUGGAGCUGGCAGAGGAAGCGCUGCUGGCGCAGAACCUCAACUCGGACGACCAGGACGUGGUGCUGCGUGCCCUGAAGCGCGUACCCGAGGGCCGACUGAAGAAGGAGGGGCUGAAGGCGCUGAGCCUGCUCCUCGUGGAGGGCAACAGCAAGGUGGUGAGCGCCGUGUCAGCCCAGCUCCGCAGCCUGGCAGAAAACCCCCGCUUCCGCCAACGGGCCCUCGUGUGCUACCUGGAGCAGCUGGAGGAUGAGGAGGUGCAGACGCGGGUGGCAGGGUGCGCGGCGCUGGGCUGCCUGAAGGCCAAGGAGAGCAUCGAGCAGCUGGUUUACGUGUGCCAAACCGACAAGGAGCCCGUGCGGGAGGCGGCCAAGCAGAGCCUGAUGCUGUGCGGGGAAGAUGGUAAAUCAGCUCACCGGCGGCUGGAGGAGACCCUGGACAGCCUCCCGAGGAUCUUUGCACCAGCCAGCAUGGCCAGUACAGCUUUCUGAGACGCCACGCAAACCCGCUGCCACCCCACUGAGGAUCGAGGCACCACCGGGCCGCCCGGGCUCGCAGGGACUGGGGCCGGCCGGGACCCGGCAGCUCCCGCUCCCGGCAGCACACCGCAGUAUUACCCCCGGCGGCAGCUUGCCGCGGCCCGCACGCUGCCUUACGGAGCACCGCUUCCCCCUGCCACCCGCCCCACGGGGCGCCACGUCCGCACCCCUGGGCGGGGGGAGCUGGCUGCACAUCCCACCCUCUGGUUGCUAUUUAAAAUGCACGGGGAGCCCACCCUUCCUGCCCUCCUCGGCGCCUGCUGGGACCGGAGCGGCAGGGAGAUAGAUGUACGGGAUUUCUCUGCCCUCCUCUUGCCUUCCUCUUGCUCGAGGGCACCUGCCCUGCCCCGGAAGGACCUGCACUUUGGAAACCACACCGUUUCUUUUCCAGGAGUUGCCUGGGCCAUGGGGACUGCUGCCCUUUGCCACCUGGAGUCGCCAGGACUUAAAUAAAAUGAAAUAUGAGAUAUUAA